AUGGCAGACAAGUUUCAGAGGGAAGCUGGAGAUAAAAACAUGGCAGACAAGUUUCAGAGGGAAGCUGGAUAUAAAAACAUGGCAGACAAGUUUCAGAGGGAAGCUGGAUAUAAAAACAUGGCAGACAAGUUUCAGAGGGAAGCUGGAGAUAAAAACAUGGCAGACAAGUUUCAGAGGGAAGCUGGAUAUAAAAACAUGGCAGACAAGUUUCAGAGGGAAGCUGGAGAUAAAAACAUGGCAGACAAGUUUCAGAGGGAAGCAGGAGAUAAAAACAUGCCAGACAAGUUUCAGAGGGAAGCUGGAGAUAAAAACAUGGCAGACAAGUUUCAGAGGGAAGCUGGAGAUAAAAACAUGGCAGACAAGUUUCAGAGGGAAGCAGGAGAUAAAAACAUGCCAGACAAGUUUCAGAGGGAAGCUGGAGAUAAAAACAUGGCAGACAAGUUUCAGAGGGAAGCUGGAGAUAAAAACAUGGCAGACAAGUUUCAGAGGGAAGCUGGAGAUAAAAACAUGGCAGACAAGUUUCAGAGGGAAGCUGGAGAUAAAAACAUGGCAGACAAGUUUCAGAGGGAAGCUGGAGAUAAAAACAUGCCAGACAAGUUUCAGAGGGAAGCUGGAGAUAAAAACAUGCCAGACAAGUUUCAGAGGGAAGCUGGGGAUAAAAACAUGCCAGACAAGUUUCAGAGGGAAGCUGGAGAUAAAAACAUGCCAGACAAGUUUCAGAGGGAAGCUGGAGAUAAAAACAUGGCAGACAAGUUUCAGAGGGAACUGGAGAACUGGCUGAGAGCGGAGCUGGAGAACUGGCUGAGAGCGGAGCUGGAGAACUGGCUGAGAGCAGAGCUGGAGAACUGGCUGAGAGUGGUUGACCAGUCAGGAGCUGGAGAACUGGCUGAGAGGGGUUGA